AUGGCAAUGCGCAUCAGCAACAAAAUUCUGGAGGGCCUCAUCAAGCAGGCGAAUAGGGAACUUAGCGCCAGCGCGGACUAUCUAUCAAUGUCUUUAUGGUUCGCUGAUCGCGAACUGCCGGGUUCUGCGGCAUGGUGCCGUGCUCACAGCGAGGAAGAACGUAAUCAUGGUCUCAAGAUUUUUGACCACAUCACGAAGCGGAGAGCAAAGGGAGCCCUCGUCCAGCCGAUUGACCACGCUGCAAAGUUUAACUUUGGUCAACCUGUGGAUGUCUGGAAAUUUGCCCUUGCCAACGAGCAAACCAACAGCUCGGCUAUUCUUAGCCUUGUCAAACAGGCGCGAGACGAAAAUGACUUUGUCACCGAGAACUUCAUGCAGUGGUAUGUCCAAGAGCAAUUGGAAGAAGAGACGGCGGUAAUGGAAAUCCUUGAGAACGCCAAACGUGUCGCUGAGACAAACGGCUUGUACGUAGCGUACGACACGCAGAUUGUGACGAAGCCUCAUUAG